UCCUGGUGACCCGGCCUCUGUGCGCCUCAGCCCGCUAUAAAACCCUGCGGUCGCACGCAGGCGUGCCAAAUGGGCUGUCAGAUGCGAUUUGGAGUAACAAGUGGAUUUGACGUUCAGGCUUUCUCACCAUCGCGCUUGGAAAAACACUCUUGAGCACCGUGCUGGACCAGGACUAUGGACUCAGAUACGAGCCGCGUGUCGAGCAGACCGUCAUCUCCCGAGGUGGACGACAUCUUCCUGUCCGCCCUGAAGAAAUCUGUGCACGGCUUCUCCGGCGCCGUGUCCUCCACACAGAGCGACUCUCCGUCAGAGAUCCCCAGCCUGCGCGGCCUCUCCGCCUCCGACGAGGAAUCCCUCCUCCGGCUGGCGUCCAAGAAAGACCGUAAACUCCUGUCAGAGGGCGAGCUGCAGACGAUCCGCCUCAAGAUCAACAGCCGCGAGAGGAAAAGGAUGCACGACCUCAACGUGGCCAUGGACGGGCUCCGGGAGGUCAUGCCCUAUGCGCACGGCCCGUCGGUGCGCAAACUCUCCAAAAUCGCCACCCUGCUGCUGGCUAGAAACUACAUCCUGAUGCUGAGCAACUCACUAGAGGAGAUGAAGCGGCUGGUCAGUGAAAUCUACGGCAGCAGCGGACACCACGGCGGCUUCCACCCAUCAGCCUGUGGAACUAUGACACACGCGGGGCCCCUUCCGGGACACCCGGCUGCUUCCCACGCCUCACACCCGGCGGUGCACCACCCGCUCCUCCCGCCGGCGGCCGUCUCCACCGCCUCUCUGUCCGCGCCCAGUAUCUCCGCCGUCACCUCGGUCAGACCCCAUCACGGACUCCUCAAAGCGCCCGCCGCCGGCGCGGGGCCGCUGGGCAGCAGUUUCCAGCACUGGGGCGUUGGCACCGGGAUGCCUUGUCCGUGUAGCAUGUGCCAAGUCCCGCCUCCGCAUGUGUCCAGCAUGAGCACCGUCGCCAUGCCGAGGCUGACCAGCGACUCCAAGUGACUCCAAACUAAAUGGAGACGAACUUUUGGGGUUGUUACAGACUCUCUUUCCCCACAUUGUUACGCUUUUUAUUUAUCUUUGUUGCUGAAUCCGUUGCGUCGACGGAGCCAGUUAAGACCAAUGCAUUGAUUUUCCUCACUGGGACUUUGGGGUAUUGCAACUAACUUAGUGUUUUAUGGUAAUUAACCUCAAUUGUAACAGGUGUUUCUUCACAGAGCUCCUAAAGCAACAAAACUUCAGCUUAUUACUGGAAAUCUUUGAUGGCCCAGGCAUCUGUGUUUCUCUACAGUUGUGUAAAGAUCAAAUUUAAUCGCUGGUGAUUAGUUGCUUUUCCGUUCUGUGGGCCUGCAAGGCGGAAAGGUCCCAAAUAAAACCACAAAUAUAGAGUGUAAAUAUGUAGAUGGAUUAUUCUGUUUAAAUAGUGGGAGAUAUUAUAUAUUAGUCUUGUUAAUGUGUGGGAAGACCCCCCCUCCCCUCACAUGUUGCACCUGCUUUAUUCUAUCCGUCUUAUUCAAUGCUUCUCUCCUUAUUUUCUCCCCAGUAGGCUGUCAUUCUCUGUCCGACGCAAACAAUUACCACUUCUUUAUUUUUUUAAUAAAAAAAUGAAAAAUGAUAUUUAUUUACUUAUUUUGGACGGAAGUUUCAGAUCAAUCUCUGAUUAUGUUGGGGUUUGAAAUGUAAAAUAAAGACGAUUAAUUGAAAAGUGAAAAA